AUGGCCUACAACGUCCUCGUAACAGGCUCAUCCGGCCACCUAGGCACAGCCCUCAUGCUCUCCCUCCCUACUAUGGGCUUCACACCUCUCGGCAUCGACAUCCUCCCGUCAGAAAACACCAACCACGUCGUCUCCAUCACCGACAGGUCCGCCGUGUCGUCCAUCCUCGCAGAGAAUCCGAUCCGCCAUGUUCUUCAUGCCGCGACGCUGCACAAGCCUCACGUGGAGAGCCACUCCAAGCAGGACUUUGUCGACACAAACAUCACAGGAACCCUCGUGCUCCUCGAGGAGGCCGCCAAGCUUGGUCCCCAGAUUGAGAGUUUCAUCUUCUUCAGCACCACGAGCACAUUUGGCGCAGCGCUGAGUCCCAAGCCUGGUCUGGCAGCUGCGUGGAUAGAUGAAUCCGUGGUUCCUAUCCCUAAGAACAUAUACGGCGCCACAAAGGUUGCCGCCGAAGACCUCUGCUUCCUCGUGCAGAAGCAAACUGGCAUGCCUGUCCUCGUCCUGCGUACAAGCCGUUUCUUUCCCGAACAAGACGACGACGAAGAUCGCAGAGCAGCACUUGACGACGACAACCUCAAAGUCCUAGAACUGACCUACCGCAGAUGCGACAUCGAAGACAUCGUCCGAGCUGCAGUCUGCGGCAUGUCCAAGGCAAAGGCACUUCAAUUCAAAAAGUACAUCAUCAGUGCACCACCACCCUUCACAAACGACCCCGACACCCUCCAAAAGCUGGACAAAAACCCAGAAGAGGUAUUCAAAGCCGUCGCGCCAGGCUGUGAGCAAGUCUUCAAGGAAAAAGGCUGGGGAUAUCUAAAGCGCAUCGACAGAGUGUACGACUCGAGCAAGGCAGUAGAGGAACUGGGAUGGGAACCAGAGUACACCUUCAGCAAGGUAGUCGAGCUGAUCCGGGAGGGAAAGGAGUGGAAGAGCGAGUUGACGGCAAAGGUUGGAAAGAGGGGAUACCACGCCGAGAGCCAUGGAGUGUAUACUGUACGAUGA